UUCUCUUCCUUUCGUAUGCAUUUUGUCACCACAUUCAUGGAAUAAAAAAAAAAUCCAUAUUCUGUAAACGGGAUGACAAAGUCUAGAGUGGAGUUUAAAUGAAGUCCUGAGUUUCUCCUGGUAGGACAGCUGACUGGCUGACUGGCUGCUGCCUCCUGAGGAGUGAAGAUGAAAAGUUUACUCUUUGUCACCUUGUGUUUCUCGACGUGUCCCCUCAUGGUUGAUGGGCGCCAUCCAACCUGUAACUUCCUCUUGGAGGUAGAGAGAGAUCAGGCGGAGUGUCUGAAGAGACUGAGGGAGGAGGAGGCCGUUGACAGCCAUAAAGAGUCACUAUGCAAAGGAGCAUGGGACAAUAUAGCAUGCUGGGAGCAAGCUGAGGUUGGAGAGACCAUCACCAUCCCCUGUCCCCGAGUCCUCAAGACUCUAUUCGGCAGAAAUGGUAACAUAAGCAGGAAUUGCACGUCAGCGGGAUGGUCGGAUGUUUUCCCAAACAUCACCAGCGUGUGUGGGUCUGACACCAGCCAGGACAAGCUGGUCUUCUACGUGGUCGUGCAGACGUUGUACACUCUUGGUCACAGUCUGUCUUUAAUCGCCCUCACCACAGGGAGCGCCAUCCUCUGUCUGUGCCGGAAGCUCCACUGCACCAGAAACUACAUCCACCUCAACCUCUUCUUCUCCUUCAUCCUGAGAGCGGUGGCCGUGUUGGUGAAAGACAACAUCCUCUUCAACCGAACCUCGCACUGCUCCAACCAGCCAUCACUGGUGGGAUGUAAAGCCAGCCUAGUGUUUUUCCAGUAUUUCAUCAUGGCCAACUUCUUCUGGCUGCUGGUGGAGGGUCUGUACCUCCACACUCUGCUUGUCGUCAUCUUCUCUGAGAACAGACACUUUAUCGUCUACAUGUUCAUCGGCUGGGGAAUCCCCACUGUGUUCGUCUCUGUGUGGGUGAUUGCAAGGAUUUAUCUGGAAGACACAGGAUGCUGGGAGACAAAUGACAACCCCAUACCCAACUGGGUGAUCAAUGGGCCAAUUGGAUUCUCCAUUAUGGUGAACUUUAUCCUGUUCAUCAGCAUCAUUCGGAUCUUGAUUCAGAAGCUGAGGUGUCCUGACGUGGGUGGCAAUGACCAAUCGCAAUACAGGAGGUUGGCCAAAUCUACGCUCCUACUGAUCCCUCUGUUUGGGAUCCACUAUGUGGUCUUCGUUUCUCUUAGUGAAUCCAUCGCAGAAGAUUAUAAAAUAUUCUUUGACCUCGCCCUCGGAUCCUUUCAGGGUCUGGUGGUGGCCAUUCUGUACUGUUUCCUAAAUAGUGAGGUUCAAGGUGAGCUAAAGAGAAAGUGGCGGAGUAUGUAUCUGAACUGCCGUCUGAGCAGAAAUCACCCCUUCAACAGCAACUUUGCCUCCAGAAACGGUUCAGAGCACAUGGUGCAGUUUCAUCGCAACUCGAGAACCCAGUCCAUCCUGCAGUCGGAGACCACAGUGCUGUGAGGACCUGAGGGGAUCUUUUAAUAUAAACAAAAAACAAAUACAGUCUCCAGGUUGACCUGGGUCGAAAAGUUUUACAAAAUGAUUUUAACACAAAGUUGAGGUGAAGUACCACAUGGGUGGGACCUGCACAUCGUUUCAGAGUAGAUUUCGGUUUUCGCUUUACAAAUCUCUGCAAGCCUUCAAAAUGUUCCUCAAAUGGACCUAAAAUGGUUCUAGUUCAUCACAUGAGGGUGUGCUUGUGUUUGCUGCCAACAAAGAACCAUUUUUAUUCACAUUAUGUCGUGUUAUAUGUGUGGGCCAAGAAAGAACAUUCACAAUCUUCAUGGUGAGUCAGUUUUUCCUGGACCCGUAAACAUG